AUGAUUCUGACUGAUAAAACACUUAUUGGUCUAAAAGAAUCAAAACCAUUGGAAAUAAACACAUAUCUAGACGAGAUAGAGUACUCUACAGAUGGAUUGCUGCUCAGCAUUACACAUGGAAACACACUGAAACUGUUUUCUGCACUCUCAGGCAAUAUCCAAAACAUCAUACACUUGCAAAGCAUCCAGAAGUAUUUAUUCAUGUAUCCAAAUACAAUCGUUCACACUUCAUGUAGCACAUUGCAAAUGCUUUCUGUGUUCGACAAUAAAUACAUUCGUACAUUCAAUAGUCAUAAAAAUCAGGUAUAUGCCCUUUCUGUAUGCACAAGUGAAGAUUCGAUAAUAUCUUCAUCCAAUGAAUGCAUCAACUACUGGGAUGUCAGGAAGAAAAAUCCAUUGUACAAAAUUAAUGCAGCCAACUCCAUAGGAUGUAUCUCGUCAUCAUAUGACUAUGCAUUGCUGGCAAAUGGAUCAGUGCUCAAGAUCUAUGAUAAAAGAAACAUAAAAGGUCCUCGAAGUACAUCAACAAUCACUGAAAAGAAGUACCUGACAAUGGCAUACUCGCCAGAUGCAAACCAUCUUGUAAUAUCAGAUGGAAAAACACAUUUACUUGCAGAUAAAAACGGUUUAGUAAAAAGUACGUUCGCCUUAGAAAGCAAAAGUAGUGGGUGCAUUACACCGGACUCAUCCCACUUUCUAUUAUAUGAGAAAAAUCACAUAUUUGCAUACAACAUCAAAGCAAAGAAAAAAGAAUAUGAAUUUGAAGCAUAUGGCAUCGAAGACACUAAGAUACGCUUUAAUCCAUGCUAUACACAGUUUGCUGCAUCAUCUUCAAAAUUCAUAAACAUAUGGGCCGUCGAGGAUCAUACACAAGAAUCCUCAAUAUAA